AUUCCUGGGGAGGCUUUCUUCUCUCCCUCUCUCUCUCCCCAACCGGGCUGCUGCUUUCAGCUUACUCCCCAGUCUCCCUCUCUCGGCAAUCUCGGAUCAGCAGCGCGGCUUCUUCCGCCGUCGGGGUCGCCGUCUUACAGCACCCGCCGAACAAGAGGAGUCGAAAUGAUGAACUUUGCAGCAUCGCUCUGCAGACGAGUUAAUGUCAGGGAACUGUUAACAAAUGUUCCCGUCUACAGCAAUGUUGCUGAUGCUUCUGGUGGAGGAUUGAGCUUGAUGUUCAGGCGUUGGGCCACGAAGAGGUCAGCCGGGUCAACGAAGAAUGGACGGGACUCGAACCCCAAGAAUCUUGGUGUUAAGAAAUUUGGUGGAGAGAGAGUGAUACCGGGAAACAUCAUAGUACGACAAAGAGGAACACGUUUUCAUCCUGGGAACUAUGUAGGUAUGGGGAAGGAUCAUACCCUCUUCGCACUAAAAGAAGGAAAUGUGAAGUUUGAGUUGCACAAGUUGAGUGGACGCAAAUGGGUGCAUGUCAUCCCCAAGGAAGGUCAUGUGCUUCACCCCGUGUAUGUGGAGGGUGCAGCACCUCAGUUGGAGAAAGCUGCCGCUUAAGCCGACCAGUACUAGCAAUUAGCCGGUAAGUUUCGUAAGCUGUUUUAUUUUAUCCACUGUGGUGUUCGUGACAAGGUUGUAUUAUGGGACGCCGCUCCUACUCAUAGUAGAUUCUGGUAGGACCUAGUCGAUGAACCUUCCAAGCAAUUCUGUUUACCAUUUUCCCGAUUCAUUUUGCUCAGUCUAUCUAUCCUCUAUACACUCAUUAUGGUAUUCAAGCAAUUGGGAGGGUUCUUAUUUGUCCUUGUAAUAAACUUUGAGGCACAAUGUGGAUGGAAAGGAAAAUUUAAGGAUGCAAAACCUGCAAAACAAAUUUGCCCUUA